AGUCGGUGCAUCUGAAUGUGUUAACCUGUAGCCGGAUCAUUUGGCUCCCAAACGGCUCUUCGUUUAAGUGCUUAAAAAUAACCCAUGAACAAUGGAACUAAUCUCAAAAUAAUGUCAAGGCUAAAACGUAGGCUAGAAUUAUGUUAAAAUGCGAAAUGUAUGUUUAAGUGGGUUACAUGUUAUCUGAACUAAUUAUUAGAUCGCAUGCUUAUUUUUUAGGACUAUAGAAAAAUGGGCGUGGAACACAAAGAUUCGCUUUCACCACAAUGUAUUGUUUAUGGAGUGCGGAUAUGCAGUGAACAUUUACGUAAUUCAUAAAAUAAUCGAUAUUUGAGCUUACAUUUUUUUAAUGAAGGAGCCAAAUGAAAGGCUCCUAUCACCAAUUCGAUUCGGUUCCCAACGUUCAGCAAAACCAGCGGUUCGUUACAGGUGUCACUCGCUACGAGGCCGAAUUGUCUUCUUAAUUAGAAAAUUGGCUUGCCAUGAAAAACGCAAAUAUUCCAUAGUUUUAACUUUGAUGUCGACCUAACAGUUGCAACGAGGGCAAAUUGAAAUACACUGAAUAGUACUACGACAACAGAGGUUCUUUAAAUUAUAUUGUGUGAAAAUCGUACGUAUUCAUUUAAUCGUGACAUAACGUCGCCGGGACUUGAGCUGAUUGCAGGCCACUUCGUAGUAGCUUAGUCAGAAAGUUUAAAUGCACAGACCCCAGAUGGGGGUGUGUGUUUUAAAGAUCAUGAAUGUUGACAGCGGGAACUAGCCAACAUGUUAGACAAAAUCACCGUCAAGCCUCCUGGAAUAAGCGAUGCUUGUGAAUGAAUAGAAGGCUGAUCAGGAUUCCCUUAAAACUUCUAUACACUUCUUGACCAUCCUCUUGACUUGCUUGGACCCUCAACCUUUCGUAUAAUAUCCCUGGAACACGAAGAUUGGGAAUAUAUGAUGAAGUUUAAACCCAACCAGACUAGAACGUAUGAUGGCGAAGGUUUCAAGAGACGAGCGGCAUGUUUAUGUUUCAAGAAUGAAAAAGAGGAUGAGGUGUUGCUUGUGAGCAGCAGUCGGCACCCAGACCAGUGGAUUGUACCAGGAGGAGGGAUGGAGCCAGAGGAGGAACCAUGUGGAGCUGCAGUCAGAGAAGUGUACGAGGAGGCGGGUGUAAAGGGGAAGCUUGGCAGACUAUUGGGCGUUUUUGAGCACAACCAGGACAGAAAACACAGAACAUAUGUCUAUGUCCUGACUGUGACAGAGACUUUGGAGGACUGGGAGGAUUCUGUCAACAUCGGUAGGAAACGGAAGUGGUUCCAGAUCGAUGAAGCCAUCCGGGUGCUAGAGAGCCAUAAACCGGUACAUGCAGAGUACUUGCGCCAACUCACAGACACCUGUAACCCUACCUGUAGCUCUACUUGCUGUGGCUCCACCAAUGGCAACACCUGGGCAUUGCCACUGACGGAUGACAACGCCACUCACUACGUAACUUCAACACAGGGGACAGAUAUGGGUCCUUCCUCUGUCAACAGAUAGGGAACCACCACCAAUCAUCUCAGUAAAAGGAAUCAGUGUUUGAAGAGGACCUACCAUAGUUGUAGUCUGUUUCUUCUGUCUUGUCCACUUCCUGUGGAGUUGUUAGGUCUAGCUUUACAAUGACAAUGAAUUGUCAAAUUUAUAUUCAGUGCUUAUCCUUUUAUAUUGUCAACAACCAACUAAGGAUAUUAGUAGAACUUGGACCAUGAAAAUAACGAUUAGUCAUCAGGUUUAUAUCAUCAGGAUGAAGAAAAAACAGGGUACAGCAUGGUGGAGAAAUGUUGUGUGCUUGUGGCAGCUCUGAUAGGCCAAUAGAGGGUAGUGUUAGUUCUGGAAUGUACUUUAACUGCCUUGGUAACUGCAGGUGAUUCUCAUAACUUUAAUUCUUGACUGUCAAAACAUUUAUAGAGAAAUCUGUUGAACAACUAACUUAUAGUAUAUGUGAAUAAUGAAUAUUGAAGUCUGUAGUAGUUUUAAAAUGUGUAGUUUAAAAUGUAUAGUUUGGCCUAGAAACUGGAUAAUUUAAAUACAGCAAGGUUCCCUCAUCUAUAUUACACAAUAACAAAUGAUUUGUACAUAUUUAUUUUUUUAAUACUAUGGAAUAUAGCCUUACAAUUUAACUAAUGUAUUUUCAGUGUUCUGUGUAAAUAUAUUUUGUAAGUACAUAUAUAAGUAACACUAGUAUUUGUCUGAGGGCUUAGACACAGCAAGGAGAUUGUUGGCUGUGUGGGUCUACACGAUUGAUCAGCCCAAACAUGAAGGCCAAUCAACAUGGGACUGAAAGAAUAAAGGAAUGUAUAUGUGUGGAUCAGUUAAACCUGAAGCAGGAAAUGCAGUCUUAUCAUCAAGUGCCUUCACAACCAUAGGAACCUGUCUAAUUAAUUGGUUUGCAUGUGAAUGCUGGGAGGAAAAGGUUUACUUUUUCUAGUCUAUUGAAACCAGCCAUCACACCUGCCCAAUUCUCACUUAAACAUAGGAUUGAUUUUCAGUUGGCUAAAUUACGUGUGUUAACAUAUGACCCCUAAUUGAUGGUAAUUUGAUGUCUAUGACAUUUCAGAUUUACAUAUACUUAUUUAAAGUAACUUCAGUUAAGUGAACUAUGUUUUCUAUUACUUAAACUUCUUACAAGGAGUAAGUGGUAGCUUGGUUGACUUCAAAGUAGCUUCCCUAACAUUGGCAAUAGCUGAUGAUACAGUAUUUGUUUUUCACAUUCUAUUUAAAAAGAAACACAUUGGUUUAUAAAGUGCACUCUAACCUCAUUAUCAAGGACACAAUUAUGCUUCAGUUUAUGGAAUGUACAAUAUGUAUACAUUCAACAUUAGAUUAUAAAGUUUUGCCAAAAGAUCUCCGUAUACCACUCAUAUUUUUGUAAAUAUUGGAUUAUAUAUUUU